AUGGCGCACCAUGAGCUGGUGAAUCAGCGUCGGUCCUAUAACGGCGAUCUGUGCACGAUCCGCUAUGUCGGCAAGGUUGAGGGAACCUCCGGGGAAUGGCUUGGUGUCGAAUGGGAUGACCCAACAAGAGGAAAGCAUUCGGGGCAACAUCAGGGGGAGAGGUAUUUUACAUGCCUGAGAAACCACCCCACGGCAGGGUCAUUCGUGCGUCCGUCACGACCAGCAGACGGCCCACGGGGCUUCAUAGAGGCGCUGCGUGAGAAGUAUGCCUCUGAGUUUGAGCAGAGCCGCGCAAGGCAAGCUCGUGCGGAUGCAGAUGCUGCGCAAGAUUCAGAAACACCCAUUCAAUUCAAUGGCAAGAUCGCCGAGGAAGUUGGCUUCGACAAGAUUCGGAAGCAGCUUGCCGAGCUCGAGGAAUUGAAGAUUGUCCUCCUGGAUGGGUUGCGCGUGGCGGGCGUCCUGGCGCAAGAGGCUAGCCGCGAGCAAAUCGAGGAAGCACGGGGCGAGAUUGCACGGAUCUGUCCGAAGAUUACGGAGCUGGACUUGAGUCGGAAUCUGUUUACCGCUUGGGAGAAUGUGGCAGAUGUUUGUGGUUCGCUUGAGCGGUUGAAGCUUUUGAGGUUGAAUGGUAAUCGUUUUGCUUCGGCUGUGGGAGAGUUGCUCUUCAAAGGGAUUGAGGAGCUUCACCUGGAUGAUACGCUUCUUCCUUGGGAUCAGAUAUCUGCGGCAGCCGCUCGAUUUCCAGCACUCACGUCUCUUUCGGCUUCAGCAAAUCAGCUUUCGUUGAUCUCAACACCAUUGUCGAAUACGAUAACUACCCUUAUCCUCGGAAAUAAUGACUUUACUUCAUUAGGGUCAAUAAAGACCUUGUCCUUACUAAAAAGCCUCCGGCACAUAUCACUCAGGGGGUGCCGCAUUGAGACGGUAGCCGAGACAGGGUCCAAAGAAACCUUCCAGUUCUCUCCCAAUCUCCAAUCCGUGGACCUAUCCCGAAACAAAAUAAACUCGUGGCAGUUUAUCAAUGAAAUUCCGCAGCUCUUCCCCGGUCUGCAGAACCUCCGCGUCUCCGGAAACCCUCUGUACAAUCAAUCUGUGGCCCCGUCAGCUGUCACCGGCUUGCCUGAGAAACCUAUGACAGUGGAUGAGGCUUAUAUGUUUACUUUAUCUCGGAUAUCUGCAUUACAGGUGCUCAACUAUAGCACCAUAACAGAAAAGGAUCGCAGCAACGGAGAACUCUACUACCUAUCGCUUAUCGGAAAGGAGCUGUCGGCAUCUCCAGAAACCGCAGAGUCUGAUAUUCUUAAAGCGCAUCCCCGAUAUCAUGACCUUUGCCAAAUAUAUGGCGAACCGCUAAUCGCACGAGCCUCUAAAGCAGCUGGCUCGACCGCCGCCAUCAACCCCCGGUCCGUCGCGGCGCGCUUAGUCCGGAUAGCUUUCCACCUAAGCUCAGGAAACACUCACGACACGAGCUCUGCUGACGGAGUCAAAGUAAAAGAAAUCCCUCGCUCCUACGAUACAUACCAAGUUAAAGCCAUCGCCUCCAGACUCUACGGCCUGACUCCGUUUGAGUUUCGGCUGAUUUGGGAAACGGAUGAGCUGGAUCCCGUCAGCAAAGAAAACAUGGACAUUGAGGAUGAAUGGGAUAGUGAAGAUGAGGAUGGGCAAGGAUUGAGCACGCUACAGAGUGGUGAAGAUGACAAGUUCGUCAAGAGAGAGGUCGAGCUCGUGGAUACGACAAAAGAUAUUGGGUUUUGGUUUCAAUCGGAUCUUGUUGAGGCGAGGGUGCGGAUUGAGCUUACUUCACGCUCAUGAGAAGAAACCUCCCUAUAGAUGAUGAGUUAAAUGAUGAAUAAUGAGAUAUAUAAGGUGCUUUGCAUUUAUAUGCUUUGUUAGCAUAAAAUAUUGAGUCCCUAUUUCUUGAAGUAUAUAUUUGUGCCAAACUAUAUGUACAG